AUGUUGCUCCCAAGACACUGAUUUAGCGUAAGUUAGCAUUAGCACAUUCCUUUUUGUUAGCUUGAUACAUAUUUUGCAUUCUAAGUUGACGUGAAAUUGGGGGUUUCAGUUGUCUUCCACAUUCUGGCAAAUAUGAAGAAAAAACUAACGGAGAAGAAAGGUCAUGUAGUUGCAUGGAUCGACAAAGCAGAAUGGGACCAGGUGCUUGAGUAUCUGUAUUCAAAAGAGUGUACUUUACAAAAGUAUGCAUUACACAGAAUAUCAGCGUGGAAAGGAAGGUUUUCCCACAACACUCCCAUUGCUGUAGAGAGCACAGCAGACCUGGUCAGAUGUCAAAUACUUGAUAGAUCAGGACAACUUGAAGCGGAUGACUUAGUCUUGCUUUAUGGAACAGCCCUUGUGAGGUUUGUAAACUUAAUCACAGAGCGUCAACAGGGGAAAAUUGCUCGUCCCCUGAGAAGGCUAGCCAACAAACUGAGGAUCCCAGAAUGGAUUGUAAAUCUCAGACAUGACAUCACCCACCGCAAGCUCCCUACCUUGAAAUGGUGUCGCAAGGGUUGUAAGUUUGUGCUUGAGUGGCUUCAGCAAGAGUAUUGGUCCAGGCAGCUGGGUAGUGGGCUGACUGAGAACUGGGAUUCCCAAUCAGAGGGGGAGGAUGGGGAAGAGGAGCAACAGAGACAGGAGGAUCAGCUUAUCGCCAGGCAAAAAGAAAUUGAAUCCUACAAGAAGGCCAGAGAGUUACUGAUAUCUUUUGAAAAGGAGCAAUUUCAGGCAUUUGAAGGAUUUCUAGUGGAAAACAAACCGAUGAGCUUGUUGCCAGCACCGUCUGCAGAUAUGAGCUGGAUCCUUGCCCAGAUCAAACUAUUCGCAUUAGAGUCUAGUGAAAUACUCAUAGAUGUAUUGAUGGAGGAUGGAUUCAUAGUUCCAACCAUUGAACAGCUAGAGUCACUUGGUGUCAACACCUCAGAUAAUGUCGACCCUACUGCUCCCGGCCUUCCUCGAGUUGUCCUGCGUUUCUGGCUGCCCCUCCUGAAGGAUCUCAACUCUCAGCUCUUCAUUCAGCUCCUUCUGGAGAAGCUGUUUGUGGAGUUGCAGCAGCCUUCUGAAGACGACCAGAAACACAGAAUGUUCUAUGUUGCCGGAUGGAUCUCCGAGGUCAUUCUCUGCAACGCAAACAAGAGUGAAUACCACUAUGAGUCAAAGAGCCAAAGAAAAGCUAGACAGAAGGACAACAUCUUUAUAAACCGCAUCCAGCUGAGGUGGCAGCAACUCCUUGCAGCAUGUCUGAAUGCCCCUUGUGUGGCCACACCUCACCUGCUCCAGCAGAUCCUUGAGUACAUGGAUCACCCAAUGCCUUUGGACACCCAACAGAAGUUACUAAAACUGAGCAGUAUCUACACCCAGAGUGCAGACUCAGGGUGUGACCCUUCCAUUCAGCACUCAGGCCAGCAUAGUGGUGUCUACACUCUGGAGAGCCUGCAUGAGAAGCUGAAGUCCAGAUGUCCGGGCCACACGUUGCGACAAGGCACUGUGUCUGACCAAUGCAAGGCUCUGCCAGAGAGGACGGAAGACUUCCAAGAGCACCUGAGCCCAGAUGUCUUGGCUGAAAGAGCAGCAGAACUCAGAGGCUCUCCCUGGCAAGUUUGUACAGACAAAGUCGAGUGGAGGAACUAUCCCCUCGGGAAAGUUCCAGGCCAGUUAAAGGAUCCUACCUGCCUGAUGCUAGAUCACUUUUCUACCAUGACGGUGUUUGACCAGCAGGUGGAGAUGGAGAAUGCUACUCAGCACAAUGCGCAUGCAGGGGUCUCAAUGCCACACAGAAUCACUACUGACGGGCUUCUCUGGACACACAAUGAUAUCAGUAAAUUAAAAGCUGGUCUGCAACUGUUUUAAAUAUGCCAACUGUGGAAUAAAGCCUUCAAUGUCA